CACUCACGCUUUUGCACGGUUUGUCGCUCGUGGGCCUGCUUCUUUGCGCGGAGUUUAAUAAACCCGGCGGCGAGAAAAGCCUCUUGAUUUUAGAGAUCUCUUUCCGAGCGCUGUGUUUCUGCCAGGGAACUGAAAAAAAUAACAUUUAAGGUCUAUCUCUUUUUCAUCAGAUGGCCGUUCCCAGGAAUGACUGCACUGCAGUAAGUGGGUAUAGAGGGAGGCGGGUUCGGGGAUUGAGGGAGACGAGUGCAUUUGAUCUGUUAAUGUUACGCUCGUUACUGAAGCUAUUACAGAAAUGCAUUCAUGUUUUUUUUUUAAUUUAUGGAAUUCGGUUCCCUUAUGUCUUGCUGCCGAGAGUCGAUUUUAUUUUAGAAAGGCGAUACCGUUACAGCUGCAGGCUACGUCCAGUCCAGCUGUUUGUCAGCGGGGAUCUGAGGUUUGUCCUGUGACUCGGUAUGCCUGUCGACUGCCUUCGUCAGGUAAACCUGCGUAUCGUAAGGCGUUGCUGUGGCGAAUUAUGCCCAUGAUGCAAAAUUAUAAAUGUCGGUAAAAGAGGACGAUGGGUGUAAAAACGGAUUUGUUACAGUAAAUUAAUCUUCUUGCAACUCAGCCAUCCAGGCGUCGCCCCUAAUGAUCGCCUUCACAUCAAUAACGCGGAGAAGUGGUUUUGUGUUAGUUCAUGCUGUCCCUAUGGUUUCCAGCAAGCGCAUUUUAAGAUGUCCAUGGUUCUGUUUGCGUCCGUGGUCCGGGUGAGAGAUGGGCUCCCCCUGUCUGCUUCCACAGAUUAUGAGCAGGACAAAGGAGUUCAGGAAAGUAAGAAAUACCUUAAGAGCCUCUCCAAAAAAUUAAGUCAAUUUCCUGACAGGUGUACAUUGAAAACUGGACAAUACAACAUAAACUUUACGAGCUCUUUAGGAGUUGGGUAUAUGAUGGUAUGCACGGAGAAUUACCCCAAUGUCCUGGCAUUCUGCUUCCUGGAUGAGCUACAAAGGGAGUUUAUUGUUUCUUAUGAUACAAAGCGAAUAAACAGCGCCGUUCGCCCAUAUUCCUUCAUCGAAUUUGAUAAUUUCAUACAGAAGACCAAACAGCGGUAUAACAGCCCUCGAUCUUUGUCGACAAAGAUGAACCUUGCUGACAUGCAAACGGAAAUCAAGCUCCGACCACCUUACCAGCUCUCAGCUGCUGAUGUGGGAACAGUGAAUGGCUUUUCACACCCCUCCUCUUCCAUAUACAAGGGCAUAGCUCCCAACCAAAUGCUUGAGCCUGUGACGUUGGCUGGAAUUGUCUCUUGUUUACUAAGCCUUCUCUGUGGGGGUCUAAAUUUAAUCCGCGGAGUUCAUGCCAUAGAAAGUAUAUUGCAGAAUGAGGAUGAAGACUUUAAUUAUGUUGUUGCCUUUUUCCUUGGAAGUACUGCCUGUUUAUAUCAGUGUUACCUCUUUGCCUACUGCACUGUAUGGAGGAACAUCAAAUCUUUCCUGGCCUUUGCUUUAAUCUGCCUGUGCAACAUGUACUUGUAUGAACUGCGAAACAUGUGGCAGAUCUUAUUUCAUGUGACAGUGGGAGCUUUCACAACGCUGCAGAUAAGACUGAGGCAGCCUCAAGGAAAAGCUCCCGACUACAAUGUGUAAGACGAAAGCUGCUUGAAACACCUGGGACGCUGAAGUGGCUGGAGAAAACUGAUACCUCUCAGGAACAAAAUAAAGGUUCUGCCAAAUACCGCAUCAUCUUCAUGCUCAGAUAGUGACUUCCUAAGGAGCCUUGGAACAACUUGAAAGGAGAAAUUGGUGACUUAAAUGUUAUGGAAAUGUAUGUUCCAUAGUAGGAGUCUCCACAGUUCGUAAUGAGAGUUACAGUAUAUGCAUUGGAAAUCUUACUUUUGCUUAGAACCACAACAAAUGAUGUACAUUUUCAGGGCAGAGCCCUGACCAGACCUGGUCUAAAGUCUGCCCAUAACAAAGGAGUUUUUUUCUUUUGUUUAUGACUGAAUUUAUUUAAUCCGGGAAAUUAAACCAUGGAGCUAUUUAUUUAACUUUACUGAAAGUGGCAAUUGAUAAAUCAUAUCAAACUGUUUGUCUACAAUACCUGAAGGUUUUUCAUGCCAGAUAGGCCUUGGCAUAUGCUGUGAGUUCUAAUUAAACCAUUCUAAUAAAAUAUGCAAGAAAUACGCAGAAGGUAUCAUGGAUAUGUCUUAAGUCGUAACCUGAGCUCCGUUGGAAGGUUUAUCUCUGAAAUGCGAAAAAGCAAUUUUCUUUCGUACAAAAUACAAAAAUUGAACAAAACUGGAAAAUUAAAAAGACGCUGUAUACUAUUGACCUCAUAAAAUCCCAUUUUUUAUUUCAUGUAAUUUACUGCACUUCAAACUCGCGAUAAUAGUCCUCAUCCUGCCCCCUUGAAAAAGUCUCUUGUUGAGAAUGUUUUGAUGUCAGCAGCACAGUGUUGUGGAGAUUAGAUCUGCUGCCUCACUGCUCUUGGGUGCUGGGCCCAGUUUUGGACUGGGUUUUUGGAUGUUCCAGUUCCUGCUCACCCUCAGAAGACAUACUGUCUUGGUCAGCUGGUCCCUGAGCUGUCAGUGUGUGCACAAGUGACCUGUGAUCGACUGGCCUCCUGUCCAGAGUGCAGCUUCACCUGUUGGCCUGUGCUUCCAGGAUCAGUGCCACAUAGCUGUGGAAGACAAGGGGAAACGAGUACGUUUAGGACCAAAAACAGUGUCCCUUCCUUACGUAAAGGAUAGAGGGAGUCUGGAACAAGCAGCCCAGCCAUGUUGUUGAAGCCACUACCCUGGCAUCUUUCAGGAGCCAACUGGAUGAGAUCCUCGGAUCUGAUCCUUGGAUUAGCUGCUAAAUAUCAACAGGGCUAGAUGGGCCGAAUGGCCUCUGAUUUGUUCAGACUUUGCUCUGUUCUGUAGCUCUGGUGAAACUCAUGUCUACGCUGCAGCUAGUCCUGGCCCUAGGAGCUGCAUGAUUGUUGCAAGUUUCAAUGUGGGCUUUGAAGUCCUCAUGACUCCUCACGUUUUCCCCUAUAAGCUUUCCUGUUUUGUUAAACCCUGCACUGAAUCUCAGAUGCGGGUUGGGAAUUUAAAUUUGACCUAAAAUGUUACACCCUGCUCCUUAAUCUUGAAAUGGAAUAAUGGAUAGAAAACUUCACUGGAGGCAAUUGUUUAGUUAAAUUGAGCGGUGUAAAAAUGUUUUUUUAUUUCUAAAAGUACAGUUAUCACUUUUGCAUUUUGAAAGAUCAUAAAAGUGUGCAAUUUCUAGAUGCAUAUCCUCCUUCCUACUGCAUAAAAAUACUUGUCCUUCAAGUAUAUUCAACAUUUUACCCUUAAUUUGAAGUAAGUGAUUAAUGUUAAAAAUGCUGUAGUAAUUGAGUAAUUUCUCUGUAAUUAUUAGAUAUGUCUCUAAUUCAAUAAACCAUAGCCAUCAGAUUAUAUUAAGAGAGCAAACUCCUCAAGCUGGCUGCUUGUAAAUGGGAGCAUUGGUCCAAUCAUUUUCAAUGGUUUUUGAUAGAAAAAGAAUUAAUAAUGGGGUUAAAAUGAUUUAAAAAAAAUUCUGAAGAGCAUUUCAUUUGUAAAUUGAAACAUAAAGGCUGGCUUUUGAUGUAUCUGAGCAGUAUGUUUGUAUUGAUCAGUGUGAUGCAAAAUUCCAAAAGCUUUUUCUUUUGUCAAUGAUGGUGGUUUUCCCAUCAUUGGAUUCACUUCUGUCUCCACGGGUUGUAAUUCCCAAUGGCUGGCAACUGGAGGAAGAUGAAAGGGAAUCCACUCAUGAGUUUGGAGUGGACGCAUCAUGAUGGUGAGCUCAGUUUUUUGUUCUCGAAAUUAAACAUCAACAGCACAUCUUUUUAUUUUAAUAUGUGUCAAUAUGUAAUCUUCACAAGCUGAGCUUUAUAAUAUGUGGUUCAGAAUGACUUCUGGGACUGAAUGUUUACAGAAUGUCAUUUUCCUCCUAUUUUUAGUCAAGAGGAAAAUGUCAAACUAAAUUUACCUGUUGGUAAAGCAAUGAUUACUGCUAUCAUGAAGAUGUGCAUAGCUGUGAAAUAGGUGUCUGGGUAAAUUUAAUUUAUUCCUCAAUUAUUGCAAUGUGGUUGCAUAGUUGUGGUGUAGCCAAAGUUAAUUUUUAAAAUGGUUUUCACUUAAAUUAUAAUAGGUUUCAGAAGUUCCUUUAUUAGCAAAAUAAGUUUGGGAUUCUAUUGUCCCUGACUCAGUCGUUGUGUAUCAACGUUUCCUGCUACAGUGGCACUGCAGAGAUUUAGUAUUAUUAGUAAUAAAAAUGUCUUGCGAGUUUAUAGUUUUCCUUCAGUGCUGCGAUGUUGGUACAGUACAUGCAGGUCCUAAUAUUUUGGGUUGUUCCUUUGUGUUUGAUCUCUUGCUUUCUCACAAUAGGGUAUAUUAUCCUGAAUUAUGAACAACUGAGUACAGAAUAUUUGCAAUAUAAAAGUCAACCUCACCUGGACAGUGUUCUUUAUGAUUGUAGAAUUUGUGUGUAGAUGUAUUCUGUUGUUAAGACAUGGCAGAAUCAUGUAGGAACAAGCUAGCAUUUAAUGUGUAGUUUCGACUGAUGCCUGUUUUACACAGCUUGUGGAACUAGAAUGACUGCAUGUCAUUUCUGUCACUGGACAUUUUAAUCAAUAAACUACAGGAGCAAAAUAUU